AUGUCCCUGCAGUUACUAGAAAUGACAGAAGCAUACUGUAAGUGGAGAAGUGAUUUCAGGGAUAUAGAACCAGUUGCUCCUUCCGGAGGACCUCAAGGACCAAACCGCCGUCCAUCACAACCACAGGGACCGCCUUGCCAGGGACCACGAUGUCAAAGACCAGGAGCACCUAACAAGCCAGUUGCUCCUUCCGGAGGACCUCAAGGACCAAACCGCCGUCCAUCACAACCACAGGGACUGUCUUGCCAGGGACCACGAUGUCAGAGACCAGGUGUACAACAGUCAGGGCAGCAACGAAGACCUUGUACAGGUAAUAACUGUAGGCAAGGGGCGGGUAGAGAAGACAGUAGUCGUGGACCCAACAGAGGGCCCAGCAGUCCGAGCAACCGUUUUAGAGGUCCCAACACACCUGGCGAGCGUUUUAGAAGGCCCAGCAAACCCAGCGCCCGUUCCAGAGGGCCUAAGUCACCUGAAAGUCGUUCCAGAGGGCAGAACAGAUACAGGUUUGGUGACCGUGAUGAUGAUCGUUAUGGCUCAAAGAAAAGAGGUGAUUACGAUCGCCGAUUCAAUGCAAAUCGGGCUAUGCGCUUUAGAAAUGGUACAAGAUUGAGUUGGAAUGUAACAUCAGGCUGCAAGGGAAGUUACAAUUGCUGUCUUGGCCUCUCCUUUGACCAAGCCACUCAGUUUUGCUGUGCUGGAGUGGUGCACAAUAUGGGAACCAACAAUGCCUGUUGUCGUGGUCAACCUUUCCAAACUGCCACCCAUAAAUGCUGUUCUGGUGCCAUCAGACUCAUCACCGACCCCGCCCCCUGCUUUCAACGAAGGCAACCCCAGAACCAACCAGGAAAUCAAAAAUGGAGUUCUUUUCAAAAUACAAUGAAACCGAGCAGCAGGGCACCUCCCAAACCUCCACUUUGCGCAGGACAAGCCUUUGAUGCUGCCACCCAGUUCUGUUGUGCAGGCAUUGUGAGAGGCACUGCAGAAAACAAUGCCUGUUGUCGAGGAAUUCCAUACAACUCGGCUUCAAGCAACUGCAUCUUUGGGGAAGUUCAACCAAAACAGCAAUAA